AUGCAUUGUUUUAUAUCAACUAUCUCUCUCAUUGUUUUAUUGGGUUUGGUUAUUCAAAGUUAUGGUGCAUGGAAACAUGGAUCAUCAUCCAAUAAUGGUCAAAAACGAAUAGAAAAACGUCUUUACAAACGACAAUUAAAUUCAAUGCUUCCAGCUUAUUCAAUCAACAGUCCAUCAGCAUGUGAUUUUUCAGCAAUGCAUACUUGUGAUGCUGUUGCUAAUAGUAUAAGUCAAAGUGGUAUACAACUUCAACAAACAAUGACUGCUGUUCAACAACGUAAAUUAUACGUUGAUAAUUCUAUUUCUUUACCAGCACUUCAAAAUGGUGGCAUGUGUGCACCAAAUACAAAUUUAUUGACAGCCAAUGCAUAUUCAGCUCUUGAUUUAGGUCAUAUUACACUUCCACAACUCGCAACAGUUAAUCUAGUUCCUGUACAAUCAAUUGAUACAAAUAGUUUAUUUAAUGCUGGUUAUAUUAAUACAUAUGGUCAAACAAAUUUACUUACAGGUUUAGGUGCACAAGCAAGUAUAUCUGGUCAUGUUUUACCAUCACAACUUCUAUCAUUAAAUUUAUAUCCAUUACAAACAUCAACACUUUCAUUAGAUACACUUGUUCAAGCUGGUUAUUUAACAAAUGAUUGUGUACCGACAGCACUUGCUAUUUCAGCAAUACAUAUUCGUUAUUUAUCAACUAAUGAUUUAGCUUCACUUGGUUGUCCAUCAACUGAUAAUUCACAAAUAAGUAUUCCACAAUUAGCCUCUGCUAAAUAUGUAUAUGGUUCAUCAAAUAUUUUAACACCUGUUGGUUUAGCUGCUCUUCGAGUAGGCGUUGUUUCACAAGGUACUUAUCAGAAAAUUGGUGUUUUCCCAUUUGGUGCUGAUGCUCAAACUCAACCUUCUGAAUAUGAUUACCAAGAACCACAACAAACACAAACACAAACACAAACACAAACACAAACACAAACACAAAUACCAAGUGUUAUUAAUGAUCUUGCACAUGUUGGUUAUUUACAACCACAUAGUUAUUUCUUAACUAGUGCUGCUUAUUAUGCUCUAACAAAAGGUUAUUUUACAAUUGACAAUUUUCGUAAUUUAAAUUUAUGGCCAUGUACUGGUACACCGUCAAUGAAUUUGUUUGUUUCAGCUGGUUAUGCAACAUAUAGUGGUCAUUUAACAAAACUUGGUUAUUCAUUAUUACAUGCUCAAUAUUUUCCAGCUGAAUGGCUUCCAAGACUUGGUAUUCAAGUACAUGAUGAUUUUCAUGUAUUUCAUCAAGCUUUACGUUUUGGUGGUUACUUUCGAUCGGAUUAUAAUACAGUACAUAAUUCAAAUCAUAUUCAAAGUCUUAAUGCAAAUAUUGAAAAUUCACAAAUUGGUUCAUAUCGAUCAGGAGCUGGUACAGGUGUUCCAAAUUCUCCCGAUAAUGCAAAUGCUGUCUAUGCUCAUAAAUAA